CUUUGAACCUGUAUUUAAUUGAAAAAAAUCCUAAAAUAUAACUGAUUUAAUUAGUUUAGCGGAUAACCCUACUUGCCCCUGUAAGUGGAUCUAAGUGCCUUGCUUCGGGGCCCAGUGACACUUUCACUUUGUCUGUCUGGAUAUUUUAACCAGCAACCUAACAGUUACUUCAACAAACAUCUGACGCCCCCUCUUGUAUCAUUCAAUUAUUUAAUAUGUAAUUACCAGCUUCUACACUCAUUUCUCCAACCAAAUGUUUUCCAGGUAUUGUGGGCUCUCUUCACAAUAGGCCCUAGGCCUACUCACUUGGCCUAAUUAAUGCCUAUUCAUCAUUUCAUCUUAACGUAGGCAUAGGCUGUACUUCAUCCGCUUCUAAGCUCAGCAGUGGGUGGAUAGAAACAGAAACAGAUCUACUACUGCUUCAAAUGUAACCAUGUUUUGACUAGACAGAAUUUGACUGAAAUGUCUUGUAUAAGAAUUUGGCCCUGUGUUUUGACUGAAAGAUGUCUUGUAUAAGAAUUUUACCGUGUUUUGGGGUUUCCUAGUUAUCUGUGCAGUAACAGAUACAUUGGUCAUGUAUCUGGAUGAAUAUGGAAGGACUUGGGUUAGAUGUGUUUUGCUAUUAAAACUAAUCACAUGCUAAUGUGAUCAAAUGGUGCUCCAAACACAGUGCCAUUACCUUAAUAGGCUCUCUGCUGUGUUGUGAAGAGUUUAUUACCCACUUGAUUAGCCUGCCUGACCCCAGACCGCAUGGCUCAGACAACCACAAAUGACAGAAGCUCUGAUGGAACUGGUAAGGCCCCCUGGUUGUGGCUAUUUAUGGAGGUUUGAAUUCUGAAGUGCAGCUUCGCUCCUUUCAUAUAAUUUUGUUCACUAUGAAAUAAGGGGCGCUUCAUGGGGUGCUGUCUGGACAGUGUUGUAUUGGUGUCCGUGGCUGCUCAGGCCAGAACUCGGAGGAGAUCAUGUUAAACGGAACCAUCGACAGAUGAGUUAACCCUGAGCCAGUUCAGUGUAGACCCCCAGGUAGAAGGGGGUCCUGAGGAGGUAGGAGGGGCUUUUGGUGUAAGUCCCUCCCCAGUAGCCUCCUCCCACACCAUAUCCCCACUCUGUCUUCACACCUGUCUUUUCUCUAAUGGGAGAGUAGUUGCUGAACAGGAGGGUUUUUUUACGAGGCAAAGAGUUGUGCUGUCAAAUCAACAAAUGAAGUAGCAGGUGUGCUUAGCAGUUGUUCUUGGCACGUUAGUAGCUACUCUCAAAGAUGGUUACUAAUAGGCUAGACAGUGAAAUGGGUAAGUGUGGGUCGAGUAAUGAUUUAGAUGAACAGAACAAUGGUGUUUUUCUAAAUCUGAACAUUUAGAUGAAUAGAAGAAUGAUGUGUUGGUUCUGUGCUGAAAGAUGUUGCAUAGGGCAGGCUUCAUUGUCCAAAUGUUUUAUUUUUAUGUGCUGAAUCAAUCGAGCUUUGUCCUCUGCCCUUCCCUGACCUCUGCAGCUCUGAGCCAUGAGAAACCGAGAAGUCCAUCCUCACCCUGUCAUUCUGUGCUGCCUUGGCAACUGAAGGCGGUGUGGCCGCCGCUCGACAUCGGGGCAAUAAUGCAUCCGGCAGCACUGUAAAAAAAUGACAUGAUUCAGUGCUCCGACGGUACCAUGAACUCCUGGUUCUGUGGGGAAUGUCUGCAGCCCUGCCUCCAGGUCCCCUCCCCCCUCUGCCCUCUUUGCCGCAUGCCUUUCGACCCAAAGAAGGUGGACAAGUCUUCCAGUGUGGAAAAACAGCUGUCCAACUACAAAGCCCCCUGUAGGGGCUGCAAUAAGAAGGUGUCUCUGGUCAAAAUGAGGUCACACAUCUCCUCUUGCACAAAGGUCCAGGAACAGAUGGCCAACUGCCCAAAGUUUGUGCCUGUGGUCCCCACUUCACAGCCAAUCCCCAGCAAUAUUCCGAACCGCUCCACCUUUUUAUGCCCAUUCUGCGGAGCUCGCAACCUCGACCAGCAAGAACUACUGAAACACUGCAUGGAGAACCACCGCAACGAUCCCAACAGAGUGGUGUGUCCUGUAUGUUCAUCCAUGCCCUGGGGAGACCCUAGCUACAAGAGCUCCAACUUCCUCCAGCACCUUCUCCACCGGCACAAGUUCUCUUACGACACGUUUGUGGACUACAGCAUUGACGAGGAGGCAUCUCUGCAGGCAGCCCUGGCCAUGUCCUGUAAAAUCAAAUGUUAAACUGAGUGACCGUGUGACUCUGUGUUUGCAGGACUACAGUAUUGAUGAAGAGGCGGCGCUACAGGCAGCCCUGGCCCUCUCCCUGGCAGAGAACUGAGAGCCUCCUGUGACUCAUCCACCCCCACUCUGCUGUCUGGGGGAGGUGCUUCCACCCUGGCACCCUCCACUAGCUCUGUCUCCUUCUCUGGAUCCACCCCCUGCCCAGCCGCCUCCCAGGGAGAGCUUGGAGGGACCUGCCCUAGACUCACAUUCUGAGCGGUCCAGAGGGAUUCUCUCCCUGUCCCUGUCUGGCUACCUGGCCCAUCAUCGACUCUGCACAGCUGCUUAGCUUCACAAGGCCCAAUUACAUAAUUUCCUCUCGGCUAGCAGCAUCCUGUUUAUUUUCCUGGCCACCAAUCAGCAUCGUCAGGGGCGGGGUCAACAGCUGCAAUUUAGCAGCCACAAUGCAACUUGUACUUCAUGGGCAUUUGUAUUACUUUUGGCAAUAUUUAUGUUUCAAAAAAAUUAUAAUUUAAGGCAUUUUAAUACUGUAUUUCUUGUUUUGUUUAUCACUGUUCAAAUUAUGACAAUAUUUGGGUAAAAUAUAUUAUUUCCUUUUACAAUUUAUGAUAAUUUGAUGAUUUUUUUGGAAUGACAGAGUCAGUGUGCUAAGCUUUCCAAGGUGACAUCUAGAGUCCCAGACUGAGAAGAGCAUUCUCACAUUAUCACAGCUACAAUAAAUGGCUUUAACAUUUGCAAUGCAAAUCAAAACUCGCUAGCAAACUAUCCCCUUUUUUUAUUCAGAGUUCUUGUUAAUACUUCAUUCAGAGUUCUUGUAAAACCUGCACUUGUUACCAUUUUCUACAUAACUAGACUGUAGAUUGUUCUUAUUUCAUAGUUAAGAAUAAUUAUAUUACUGCAUUAUUUCUCCACUCUGCUGUUACUCUAAUAUUUUUAUGAAGCACCAGUCAAAAUGAAAUAUAUAUUUUUUAAACAAGAAAGUAAAACUUUCAUUGGGAAUGUGUUAGUUGUUUUACCUUAUCUUACAAAGGAAUCCUUGGUAGCCCACUGUUACUGCUGGAAUCAAAGUUGUUAGCGGGAGAUUAAGGCCUGUGUGUAAUGUAUAAGACCAAACACAAGAGGGCAGCCCUGUCUCAAAGACCAAUACAAAUAGAGCCACAACCAUUGUCAUGCAAUGUCUAGUGUUACUCAGUCAGUGUUAACUCAAGUUAUGUUUAUUACCAUGCACAGUAUUGUAAAGCAUGACCAUGCCUUGCCUAAAUGUAUGACCUGUUUAGUGGCCACUAAGAAGAAGGGAAAUUGACAUUUUAAAGGGCAAGACAGAGAAUGCGAUAACAUUAGGGAAGUUGGAUUAGUCGUGGUUGAUUUUGUUGUUGCCCUAUAGGAGUGUUAUUGUUUUUGUAAAAGGUUUGAACACAUUUUGUUCUGAUACUGAAAUGUAUAUGUAACCGUGUACUUUGCUGCACCGUACAGAAUAUGAGAAGUAGUCCAUUUACCUCUGUGCAUCCACACUGUCCCCUACCUCUCCAAAACCCACAGUCACAGCUGUGAAAAUCUGUUGGAAUAUACCAUGCAUAUUCCUGGCAUGUUACAGUGAGUUGUUGAAGACACCCACUUUUCUGAUAGCACAAUAGUCAUUUAAGUCUUUUCAGAAUAGCUGCAUAUUGAAUAAUUAUUUUAACUCUGUGAUUCAAAAGAAUAUAAUGAUGAAAGUGUUGGCCUAAAGUAAAUUUCUGAGGGCGAACUAUAUUUUUCAGGAGUAGGAAACCCUUUGAGUUAGCGCUGAAACUGAUUAUGGACGUGUUUUUGAGAUACUGUUAGGUUGUUCUCACCAUCGGAGGAGGAUGUGAAUGGUGAUUACUUGUUACUUAAUUGACUAGUAACAAUAUAAUGGCCCUUUUAUUUGUUUGUUGAGAUUUUACAUUAGAAAACGCAACAUUUAGGUUCAGGUCCCGGUUGAAGGGUAACUCGGAAUGAGAUGUUUUAUAUCUUAAUCAUGUUAUAUUUUAUUCCACACAGAGGAAUGCAUUAAAACAUUGCACUUUAAUUAAUCUAAAAUAUAUUUUGUAGAAGGGUAUUUGUUCUUUUUUUAAAUUACCUUUAUUUCACUGUGUACAUUCCAUGAUGGAUAAUAAAUUGUGCCUGUUUUUCUGUGAAAAGGAGGAAGGGUUUGGUUUAAUCUCAGUCAUAACACGGAUGUUUUGGAGAACAGGGAUUGUACAAAAUGUACAGUCAGUUCAUCUGUUGUAUCAUAAAUAUUGUAUUAAUGAAUAUAGAUUGCAAAACCAAUGAGAAAACAAACCCAGAAAUACAGUAAGUAAUUGUGGCAAACAGAAAUUGUCUUGUCAAGUUAUUCCUGGAGAGAAUUCAUUCUUGUUUGAAGAACUUUGACAUUAUAUUUUUGGUGUUCAAGUCUGUCAUACAUGUUAAUAGUACCAUAUUGGCACAUGGUAGCUAUUUAAGAAAAAUAUUAAUAUCACAUGACAUCAAGGAAUUAUUAUGCAUCUUACAUUUUAGCAUUCACUUGGCCUUUUUCAGUACUUAAUGAUGCUUUUUAUAAAUGUUUGUAUGGUAAAAGUGUUGUAUGUUUAGAGCAGCAUUUGUGUGUACACUGUAGCCUAACAUGCUGAUUUUUAGAGAGACUUGAUGUUGUAUUUCAUAUUCCUUUGGUUUUGACCUGACCUUAAGUAUCCCUGAAAUGUAUAUUUUUCACUUGUUUUGUAUUGUUCCAUUCAGGCAUAAUGCCACUACUGUCAGCAUCCCAGAAGUAAUGCCACUACUGCUUUUGGCCAAAACGCCAGGCCAAAAUGAGGUCUCCUUAAAGAAAACUCCACUUUGCAGUCAGGUCACACCUUGAUUGACCAAAUGCAAUAAAAACUCCUUUAUUACCAUUGUUGGGCCAUAUUUGGUCAAUGGUUUCACUGAGACUUUGUCUUUUUCGGGACUUGGUUAGGCUGACGGGAAAAAGACUGUCUGAGAAGACCGGCUGUCCCUAGACAGAGCCUUUGUCUCUUUGACCUCCACCCUCAGUUUUCCUGGGAGUGCCAUAUGUAAUGUCAUAUGUCACUUAGUCUACCAUGAGACUUCUGCAAAACAGUGUCAGGCUGAUGUUGUCCUCCCCUGUGGGACAGAGCUGUAGUCACUUUGAUAAGGUUUCCUUUGCCUAGUGGUCCCUAGACCUACUCUAGGGCUUUGUCAUAGCACGUGUGUUAAAUGUGAUUUUUGCAUUGUAGAAAUAUUAAAAGGGGAGUUUUUACAUGUUGCCUUAUUGUCACUUAUUAUUGUCACUCUGGGGUAGGUGAUCCCCAAAGGUGUAGGAAAUUGCUACGGUCAACAAGGCUUUAUGAAAAGUGUUUAAGCACAUAAUAAAAAUCUAAACAUUUCCUCCAAACCAACUCUCAUCUCCAACUAAUCAACUAAUCAUUAUUUCUGAAUAAUGCCUCUGCAAAUAAAUAUUUCCAUUACACCAUGUUUGCAUGAUACAAAGAUGCAAAUAUGGUUUUAUGGAAUAGUGUUUUUUUUUCUGCAAAGAAUUCAGAGGGAUAUUAUCCAGAAUAAGAUUUGAAUGUACUUAGGGUUUGUUUGGAGCACUUUAGAGCAUUUUACAACAUGUUUAGACACGUUUUUACAUUUCAGUCAAUGGAAAGUGAUGACUCCAUGAUACAACCAUUUCUCUGUAACGAAACAAUUUAUGUAGAAAACUAUUUUGGGGAUCAACUUCAAGCCCACGAAGAGUGACAAGGCCUUGUAAAAAUGGGUGGAGAUCCCUUUUAUUUGUAACAGUACUAACACUGGCUGAUUAUGACGUUGACAAUGCUAACAGUGUGGAUAUUCAAGUUGUAAACACUGAAGUUUUAAUAAGGUACUUAUUAGUGUAUUUGUAGCAGGCUUUUCCCCUCAAUAAAAAACACUGACCCAU